UAGAAAUUAGCCCAUCACUUCGAUGGAGUUAUUGUCCCUUUCCUACUUGAGCCUGCCAUUCCUCUUAUUUAUUCCUCCGACAACUGUCAGCUCCGAGAUCUUGGAUCAGAUCUUCUCUCAUAGCGUGCUCGAAGUGUGGAGCUGGAUCCAUUGCUCUCUGACUCGUCUCCCUGGUCAUCAUUACUUAUUGUCCUUUCCUGCUCUGGUGUCUGCAACACUAUACGUGCCUAUCAUUCUCGGCCACCCUUAGCCCCGUUCUCUUCCUCCGUAUAUCUACCCUGGGCGAACCUCAUUCUCGGGUCGCUCUUUUCUACAUCACCAACACAAACAAUCUAUACCUCACCACAUAGUCAACACAACCAACAAUCCUCACACACUACCAAUUCCAUUCUACUCGGCCAGUGUUUAAGCCUGCGUGCGCUAACGGCACUCCCCACAACAGUCAGACUCUCUCACUCUCGUCACAUCCAAAUCAAGCUGCGAUGGCUCCCACUCACCGUCGAGGACCCUGGGUACCUGAAGAGGACCAGUUGCUCCUCCAGUUGGUUCGCGAACAAGGCCCCAACAACUGGGUCCGCAUCUCACAACACAUGCACUACCGCUCUCCCAAGCAAUGCCGAGAGCGCUUCCACCAAAACCUUAAACCGUCAUUGAACCGCGAGCCCAUCUCCGCUGAAGAGGGCCUGAUGAUCGAGCGCAUGGUGAGCGAAAUGGGCAAGUGUUGGGCCGAAAUUGCACGCCGACUAGGGAACCGCAGCGACAACGCCGUCAAGAACUGGUGGAACGGAAGCAUGAACCGCAAGCGCAGAGGCCUGCACAGCUCAGGCUCAUCUCACUCCCGCACAUCCAACGGCCGCAUCGAGGCGCCUUAUGCUCGCGCCUCGGUCGCCAGCAGCCCUAUCCUUCGCCCUCGGUACUCCAUCUCCCACGACAGGCCUCUGAGUUCUUGGACGAAAUCGCCCGCUUCUUCCCGCAGAGAAUCCUGCUCCACAGCUUCAACAGACUACUCCCGGCACCUCACUCCCAUCUACACUCUUUCUUCUCUGAACCGACCCGUCGAAGCGCCCUUGACGUCGCCUGCAUUCUCGGAUACAUCCAACGCUCCGUCACUCGACCCACCUUCUAUGAUCUCGGAUCACAACUCUAUUUCUUCCGCAUCGCCACGAACUGUUGCCUCACCGCAGCUUCUACCCCUCCCAGUGGACUCCCGCCCACAAUACGAGCUACCCCGGCCACACACCUCGGAUGAUCUCUACUUCAACUACGGAGCCUCAAAGCCACGAUGGGCCGACCAGCCAUACUGGCUCACUGAGGCAUCACACUCGACCGAGCCGCGAAGAGACUCGCGAAUGGGGCUUGACAACCUUCUCAAUUGAACUGUCAUGAGCUGCACGGAAUGAUCACACGAAUCUCCUCUGUCCUACCAUUAUACCACCACUAUACCGCACCACACUUAUAUUAUACCUUAAUGCCGUGUAUUAUCUUAUUAUUAUGAUGUUCUGGCAGCGUCCAUCUUGUACAUGUCUAGGUCUGACCCCUUGUCACUCUUUCACUCCAGAAGAAUUUCCUUAUGUAUCUCUACUUUUCUCUUAUUUUGGAUGGCAAAAGCAUGGUUUGAAUUUCUUGGUUCUUUCGAGGCGCUGGAGUGUUUUUUAGAGAAGAGAGCAAAGGAGCGAUGAUGAUUCUCUCUAUUCGUUUGUCUGGGAUCUUGGGUUGCAUUGGGCUUGGAUUUAAUAAUACCCCAUGGUUUCUGCUGUUUCAUUAUUUUACUGUAAUACUCAUAAUACCCAUCUCUUUAAUGGCAUCGAAUAUCAUGAACUAACCAAUCCAUCCAUCUCUUCAAAUCCCUCCUAUAGUAGUAGCAGCUACAUUAUCCCACAACGGAGUACUCCGCUGGCUUUCAGCACUUCCAAAUAAUGGUAGUAUGGUAACACAAAUAGUGCAUAUACGAGGGGAUCUCGUUCUAGUCCCGGACG